AUGCAGAUUAAGGACCCCGCAAUCCCGUUUGACUCUGUUGUAGUGGUCAUUGGGGCCAAUGGCUUCAUUGGUUUAGAGACCUGUGAGAAGCUACUAAGCGCUGGUUAUAAAGUGCGUGGGACUGUUAGGGACCUCAACCAACAUUGUAAGUGGAUGGGCAAUCUGUUUGGUGAGAAGUGGCCAGGGAAAUUCGAGCUGGUCACGGUGGUCAACUUCGAAGAGACGGAUGCUUUUGAUGAAGCCUUCAGAGGAGCAGCGGGGGUGAUCUACGUCUCGACCCCAAUAAUUUUUGAUCCUGAUCCUGCAAAAGUUGUCGACCAAAACGUCAGGUCCACGAUUAACACGUUAGAGGCAGCAUCCAAAGCAGGAGUACAGCGCUACGUUCUUAGCUCCAGUUCGAAGGCCGUUGAGACGGCUCUUUAUGACGAUAAGCCACGUAAUCUCACGACUGCAGUGUAUAACUUGAAUUCAGUGCUCAAGGCCUGUUGUGGGCCGAAAACAGACACCUUUGAGUGGAUGUUAGAUGUCUACAGUGCUGGCAGGACACUUGCCGAAUUGAGCUUCUGGUCUUGGGUUGCGGAAAACAAACCGCCAUUCGUGGCAAACUGUGUGGUACCAGAUGGGAACUUUGGCCGUGGACUCAAUGGCCCUACUUCUUCAAAUGGACUCCUUAAGGACGCCUUGGCUGGCAAAUGGGACACUGUUCUCAUGUCUCUGGGUUUCCUAAUUGAUGUUGAAGACACAGCUCGCCUCCUAGUUGCCGCAGUAGCCAAGUCUUCACUGUCGAAUGAGCGCAUAUUCGCCUACUAUAAACAUUCUGCUUGGAACGAUCUUCGUCAAAAGGUCCGCGCGAUUCGACCGGAUCUUGUAAAGGGCGAUGACCAGCAUUGGCGAGGAAAGUAUCUCUCGAAUGCCAACGAGGCUAUCCAACGAGCAGAGGGGAUACUCAAAGACGUAGGACAACCCGGGUUCAUUAGCGAGGAUACCAUGCUGAAGAGUUUUCUGGACACCUGCUAUUAG